AAGUCACACGACACUCCCUUUGCUCGCGUCUUUCAAUAUCACUCAUAUUUACCUGUGGACGGCUUUUCAGCCUCGUCUUCGAUGGGAGAAUCGACCCUCAAGAAUUCCUUAACGACCGCCAGUCCUACGAUAUGGCUGUGGACGCUGCUCGCCGGCAGGCGACCCUAGGAGGCAUUCAAACCAAGCAUAUUACACUGGCUGCGCUGGUUGUUCAAAAUGCAAUGCUUGUCUUGCUCCUACGCUACUCGCGCGUGAUGCCUCUCGUGAAUGGCAGUCGUUACUUCGCCUCGACCGCCGUCUUCCUCGCCGAGAUCGCAAAGUUUUCCUUCUUCCUAUCCAUGGCACUCUACGAAAUCGCGACCAGUCCACAGGCGACCGACACAUCCACCAUCAGCGAGCUGUCGAGCACGCUUGUAAAAGUUGUAUUCACGGGAGACAGUUGGAAACUGGCAAUUCCAGCUUUGUUAUACUCGCUUCAGAACACUUUACAGUACGUCGCUGCAAGCAACCUGGAUGCUGCUACAUUCAGCGUAAUCUACCAGCUCAAAAUUGCCUCAACGGCCACAUUCGGGGCAGUGCUGCUUGGAAGAGCUUUGACGAAGAAGAAGUGGGCGAGUCUAGGACUGCUGGCAGUCGGGGUUGUGAUCAUUCAGCUGGGCACGAUAUCUUCGCAGGAAGGAGGGCCGCUUUCGAUGAAAGAUCUGCGCGACGGAGUCUCCUUCCAUGCACCACGCAGUAUCUGGGAGCUACGAGACGCUGGAAACGUAGCUGCAGGACAGCUCGCUAAGCGCUCCGCCACGUACGAAGGCAUCGACGAGGAUGUGGCGGCCGCAAAUCCCCGCACAAACGCGACCAUAGGCCUCGCGGCUGCAGUCCUGGCAUCGUUGAUUUCCGGAGGCGCAUGCGUCUACUUGGAAAAGAUAUUGAAGUCGAGGGAUGGGCCGAGACCUUCGAUUUGGGUCCGAAACGUGCAGCUCUCAUUUUACUCUCUAUGGCCAAAUCUGUUUCUGGGAGUUCUGUUCAAAGAUGGCGAGCAUCUUGCUGGCAAAGGUUUCUUCGCAGGCUACAAUUGGACUGUAUGGCUUGUGGUGCUGUUGCAGUGCAUCGGCGGCAUACUCGUAGCGCUGUCGCUCAGGUAUGGCGACAGCAGUGAGGCGAAGACCGCCACUACCAAUGCCUCUUCUGUGAUUAUAAUCGUGGUAUCGGCGCUUCUGCUGGAGUUUCCCACCCACCUCUCAUUCUUGUUGGGAACGCUCAUCACUCUCGCGGCCACAUUCAUCUACCAGUCGGCGGUGAACGAGAAGACACUGCGAAAUCCUCCUAUCAACGUAUCGCAGUACGAAAAAGACGAGGACUCUGGCUAUUUCGAUCUUGAGGCUACGGCGACAGCUGCAAAGUCGCCACUACGAGACUCAUCGCGAGGCGCACUUUCUACCAGCAGGCCUGGGACGCCUUCGGGCGACAUGAGGCUGUUCAGGUCGAGAAGCUCAGAGUGGAAAACAUCAAAACGGGAGCUGUAACAGGCAGCUAGCGGUAUAAGCACGCUUGGGGAUGGAUACCCGCGAGGAGCCCCAGGACUCGCAGUGAAAUGAUGCGCAGAUGCCUCUGGAGGACUGCCAAGCGCGCGACGAUUGUAUGUAAGUGGCGAGAUGUCUUCUCGUAACAUGGAAGGUCCGUUGAGUGACCUGGGAAGGAACUACCGUGCCUUUCUCUGUUCAAUUUUUGUCCUUCG